GAGGGACAUCUAUAUAAGAUUGCCAAAAUAGUCGAUGACUAUCAGGUUUUUUCUCUUUCACACCCUCUCUCUCUUCUCUAAUUAAUCAGGGUUGUUGCCACUGGAGAUCCUUGAUGUCCAUUUCUUGCAAAUCUCAUUUUGAUGAGGGUUUUUAGGGUUUCUACUGAUGAAGCUAUUCGUCUGGAGAGAGGUAUCUGAUGGUUGAUACAUAUAUAAUAUAUGUGUUGGUAUAUUGUCACCUCUUUCUCUCUCAUGCGUUUAGCUGUUUUGAUCAUCUGAUUUGUAUUUAGAUCGUCGUCCCAGAAUAGAAGAUGGUGUUGUAAAAUUCAUUUCUGAAUAGUCUUUAAAAAAAAAAAAAAAUUUUGGGGUUUUGGGUGAGAAAAAACAACUAAAAAAAUUUGGGUUGUACCUGUAAAGAUAAUAUAGAAGGCUCUUGAGUUGGGUUUUGAAUUAAUAUGAAUCCCUUGUUCUGUUUGGAAUAAUUGAGUGUUUUUGCUCUGAUUUUGUAUAAAAUUUAGUGGGUUUGGGAGGGUCAAAAUGGAAGAUGAAAAAAAGUCAGUCAUGGGAAGCGAUGGGUUGGAUUUAGCGAAUGGAACUGCAAGUCCACAGAAUGAGAUGGUAGAUUUUACGCCAGAAAAAGGUGAGUCGAGCGAUGUAGUAUUCUCAAGAGAAGAACCUCUUGUGAGUAAGGAACCGAGAGUAUCUAGUGGGUGUACUUGCGGUGCAAAGAAAGCUAAAUCUGGGAUGCUCAGUGAAGAUUCUGAGCUUAGCAAGAAUGAGAAAGUUGGGCAUGAGAAGAAACUCAGUAGGCAAGACAGGAUCGAGCUGGGGCGAUUGUUUCAGGGUGCUGUGAGUUCCCAUGAUUGGGAACUUGCAGAAAGUUUGAUCUUUUUGGCAGAUCCACAAACACUGAACGAUGCCUUGUGCAUUGCCUUGGAUUCAAUCUGGUUCUUGAGCACACAACAGGAGCUAGAUGGGAUAACUGGUUUAAUUAAGAAGAUCAUUGCCAACGGUGCUUAUGACUUCACAAGAUCUGCUCUUAGGACUUCUUUCCUUGCUUCAUGUGUUUCUGCUUGCCAGAGCAGAACAAUGAGUUUGGCAGACACCGUGACUGUAAUGGCCCAAAGGUUGCAUGAGCGUCUCAAAGAAUGCAAUGGGGAUGAAGUGUUGAAGGCAGAAGCUGCUGCCAAGGUUCAGAAGUUUACCGAAUGGGCUCUGAAAUGUAUAGGCUUUCAUUCUCGUAGUCAGGGUAAUAAGGACAAAGUGAGUCAAAGCUCAGCUGUUGAGAUUCAACUCCAAUUAUCGGCAUUCAAGAUAUUUCUAGAUCUAGCAGGAAACCAUCUUACUGGGAAGGACUUCACGGAGGCCUUUGAUGCAGCUUGUUUUCCCCUUACUCUCUUCUCUAGUUCAUUUGACCCUGGUUGGGCAUCUGGCAUAUCUGCAACUGCAAUUCAAGGGUUGCUGGUUAUGUUGGUAGAAGGAGGUGCAGACAAUGUGAACCAAUGUUUUCUUGAAGCCUCACGUUUUGGGAGCACAGAGCUUGUUCGCAUAUUGUUGCAGAUUGCCCAAAGGAAUAGUCUGGAUGUUGAUGUUGACUUGGCGUUGGGUUUUGCUUCACACUACGGCAAGAUCGGCACGAUGGAAUGUUUAGUGGAGGAAGGUAAUGCCAUGGCUUUCUUGGGUCCUUUGAUGAGAGCAGCCGAGAGGGGUAGCAUGCAGGUUGUCCAAUGGUUUGUGAAAAGGGGCUGCCGAGACAUGGAACUUUGUCUUGCCCUAACUGCUGCCACUUCAAGCAGCCAAGUCGAGAUUGCCUCUUAUCUCCUCCCUCACGUUCCUCACCACGUCCUAGCAGCCCUCAGCGUUGAAAUUCUCAAGGCUGCUGGAGAACGUAGUGGUGGGUCCCUUGAUGGGGUAGCAUUUCUUCUUCGUUCAAACUUCUUAGGCGAUCCGGCUGCUACUUACGCCGUUGCCGACAGCAUUGCUAGGUCUGAUGACGAGGUGGUUGCUCCUGAGCUUAGGGUUUUCCUUCAAGAGCACUGGUCGGAAGCGGCUUUUUCGGAAGGAGUGAAGGAAGGACAAGAACAUUACUUGAACAUUGUGAGGAUUUUGAAGUGGGGUGGAUCUCCAAUUUGCUUGAGGGAUCUUCCGGCCCCAUUGAGGGUGGCAAUAGCGUACCUGCCGCUGCAUAGAGAGUGUGUCAAAGCAAGUGGCUGCUUGUUGUCACAACGUCUAAGGGGAAAGCUUCUGGAAGCUUCUAGAAGGCUAGGAGGAAACGAGGCGGUUGUGGAAGAGGAGGCAGGCAGGUGGAGGGAGCUCAUGGCUGUUUUGGAGCAUUACAUUCCUCCGUUUUUUCUCCAUGGUGCUUCUACGACUGCUUAGUCUGUUGGAUCAUUCGGAUUUUCGCUUCUCUUUUUUCUCCCCAUAUGAUAUGAAUAAUGCUUAUAGUUGAGUUUUAGGUGAGAAAGCUAUGGAGAUUUGACAAUUUUUCUUUUCCGUCAGAAUGGUGGAUUGAUUGGGGUUAUAUUUGUCUCAAUCAGGUAUUUCUGCAAAUGCAAAUUCUCAUAUUUGGAUGUGCAUGUUCAUCUGUUAAUGUAAAAAUGGAUAGAAAUUACUCACAGAAGGGUGGAUAUAUAUUUUGAGCAAUGGAGAGUAUAUUGUAUUUUCCUGGAUGAUAUUAUUAUUAGCUGAUUAUUGCUUAUGGAAUGUCAUUUUCACUUCGGGAGUAAUUAUUUGCUA